GCUGUUUCUUGUCAUUUCCUCAAAUGUCACAAAACAUGUCAUAAUAAGUAAUCUUUAAAUGUAAAUUUCUCUUAUUUAAAUUAAUUUAAGAAGCAAUGGAUGUUACAUUAUUAAUAGCUUUAGGUUCCGUAAUCUUGCUGUUGAUCAUAAGCGUCGCGUUAUUCUUUAAGAAGUCAGAAAAAGCCAAGCCAGAUGAUAGGCCAAGACCUGCCCCCAAUCGUGCCCGCGAAGGUGUUCCCAGAAGAGCCCAGCUGGCUAGAAACCGAGGAGCAAGACUCCGAGCAAAUGCAGUACCUCAAGAACAACCGCCUUCAGAUGACGAACUCGACCAAAACGAGGGCCAACGUGAUAUAGAAGUCCCAGACGGGGCCAAAAUCGGGGCUAAAAAGAAGGCAAAACUUGAGGCCAAAGCUGAGAAGAAAGCCCAACGUGAAGCAGAAGAACAAAGUCGCGCCGAACGCAAGAAAAAAGAACAGUUAGCGGAAGAAGAAAGGAGGAAAGCUGAAGCGAAACGCGAAGCUGAAGAAAAACGACGCGAAGAAGAAGAACGUAAAGCAAAGGAGGAGAAAGAGAGACGCGAACAUGAAGAGUACCUGAAGAUGAAGGAAGCCUUCUCUGUUGAAGAGGAGGGUUUUGAAGAGGGGGAGGAAGGAAAUGAAAUGAAUUUAUUGCAAGAGUUUGUUGCUUAUAUUAAAAAUAAUAAAGUCGUGGUUAUUGAGGAUUUAGCCGCCCAUUUUAAAUUGAAGACGCAAGCGGCCAUUGAUAGGCUCAGGGAUUUGCAAAAGGAUGACAUCCUGACGGGGGUUAUAGAUGAUAGAGGAAAAUUUAUUUACGUCUCUCAGGAGGAAAUGGAGGCUGUUGCUAAGUUUAUAAGGCAGAGGGGACGAGUCUCGAUUGUGGAACUCGCAGAGAGUAGCAAUAAGUUGAUUAAUUUAGCCCCAGUAGGGGCUAGUGCUACCUAAAUGUACAUAUUGUAUGUUUGUAAUAAAAUUAAUAUGAAUGUAAUUUGGAUAAUUUUGCUUCAUAUGAAACUCCCGUUUUGAAAUAAAUCAUUUUAUUUCCAUAA